CAACGAGGUGGUUGUCUGUCCGAGUUUUACACAGUAACAAAAGCUAAAACCUUGUGUAGGUUGGAACAAAUACUACGACACCGGCAAUGUCGUUGAACAUGAAUAGCACUUUUCGGGAUGUAAGGAAGUCAGCCUUCCAUCGUUCCCAGACUCUGGUCUACAGGAAUGGAUUUGCUGUGCCUCGUCGCCCCACUGUGGGCAUUGGACAGGACCCUCUUUUAUCAGAGCAGCUGAUCCAGCAGCAGAUCAGUGAGUUGUCCUCUGAGACACCAUACAUUACUCAUGGCUCCUAUCAAGAACAAGGCCUAGUUGAAGACUUCAUCCCAGCUUACGUGGCCCUUGACAAGAAGGUGCUGCGGUUCUAUGCAUACUUUGAGGAAGAUAUCCUGUUUUCCCCUAAGGAGCAGCAUCGUGUGUGCCCCGUGGUCAUUUACUACUACCUUGAGGAUGACAGCAUGUGCAUUUUUGAGCCCAGGGUGGAGAAUUCUGGGAUACCGCAGGGGGAACGGAUUAAACGCCAGCGUCUGCCCAGGAAUGAACAAGGGGAGCCUUAUCUAUGGAAGAACCUCAAUAUUGGCAUGUACCUGGAGGUGUACGGGGUCAAGUACAACAUCACACAGUGCGAUGCUUUCACUAAGGAAUUCAUGGAAAGUGAAGGCAUUGUUCUGAAUGACCCUGAGCCAAUGCCUGUGGAUCCUUAUGGCCAAAGUAGAAAAAACACUCUGCCUUCCCACAUAACACCCUCCAGCUUUGACCAGAUGCAACAAUUUAUCGACAUGGAUCGAAAGGUGCUGCGUUUCUUUGCCCUGUUGGAUGAUGCAGACGCUCUGUUCGCGGACACCAGGGCCGUUACCAUCCAGUUCUACCUGGGGGACAACACAGUGGAGAUCAGAGAGGUCCACGAAGCCAACAGCGGCCACGAUCCAUUCCCCAUCCUGAUGCACCGACAGAAGCUGCCCAAGAAAUUUAAAGCUACGCCUCAGAACUUUCCCAGCUGUGUGCUGGAGGUUUCCAAAGCAGAAGUAGAGGAGUACUACACUCCUAAAGACUUCCAGACGGGUCAAACGAUGAAGCUGCGGGGCCGUCGCUUCCUGCUGUACGACUGUGAUGGCUUCACUAAAAAAUAUUACCAGGAGAACCACCCUGACAUCCAAAUGAAACCCUCAGAGGUACCAAACAAGACCAGCCUGGUUCAGCUGAGGAAAAAGGAGGUUCCUCCCUAUAAUGGUUUUGGAUCCCUCGAAGACUCUCUCCAGAAUUGUUUGUAUUUAAUUCCUGAGCCUCCCAAAAAGAACGUGUUGAAGAUGUUAGAAAACAACAACAAAGUGUUGUGCUACAGUGCCAGGAUGGAAUCCCAGAAUCCUGACGAUGAUGGCCGACUCUUCAUACUGUCCUACUCCCUGGCUAACGACAUGAUAAGUAUUUAUGAAAAGCCCACUCGCAACUCUGGUAUCAUUGCUGGAAAGUUCCUGAAAGACACACGCAUCCCCAAACCGGGCUCUGCAGUGGAGAAUCCGGAGUUCUACUCACCUGCGGACUUUGCUAUUGGAGCCACUCUGCACGUUUUCGGCCGUCGCUUUGUGCUUACCGAUGCUGACCAAUAUGUGCUGAACUACCUGGAGUCCAACGCCGGCCAGAUCCCGCAUCAGACUCUGCUUUCUUUUCACCAGAAGUUUGGUGUGAGGACAGAAAACAACCAGGCACAUGACCAAAAUGGUGAUGAUGUAGCAGAGCCAUCUUCAUGAUGAAAAGGAAGGCUGGAUUGCUUCAAAAAGUUGUUCACUCCCAAAUAAAUCAUCACAAAUUAA